AUGUCUCAGCCGGAAGACAAGCCUCCAGGCUUUGCCGAGCUCUACAGAAACAAAAGGGUUCUGUCAUGGUGUCUCCUGAUCUUCAUCCUCCCCAUCAACUUCGGCUAUGAGCUCUCUCUCGUCGGCAACAUCCUCGCCAUCCCCGCCUUCCUCGACCGCUUCGGGACGACCACCGCCUCGGGCGUCAGGGAGAUCUCGACGCACAACCAACAAGUCCUCAACGCCUCCACGACCAUCGGCAUCUUCCUCGCCGCGUACGGCACCGGCUUCAUCUCCGACAUCAUCGGACGCCGCAAGGUCGUCAUCUUCGGCUGCGUGCUGUGCAUCGGCGGCAUCUUCGUCCAAGGGUUCGCGACCUCCGUCAUGAUGCUCUUCGGCGGCAAGCUCAUCAGCACCGUCGGCUACGGGCUCGGACACUCCCUGGGGCCGGUCUACGUCGCCGAGAUCGCGCCCGAUCGUCUCCGCGGCGUCUGCCUCAUCCUUAUCAACACCAUGAUCGUCAUCGGGCAGUGGUCGUGCGCCCUUGUCGGAUAUGGGGGCUCGAUGAUCAGGAGCGACUGGGGCUGGAGGAUCCCGGUGCUCGUCCAGCUGGUCCCUCCUUUCUUGAUGCUGGUCCUCGGGGGGAUCCUCCUGCCCGAGUCGCCUUCCUGGCUCCUCAUGAAGGGACGAAGGGAAGACGCCGGGAGGUCGCUGAGGAAGUUCAACGGUCCCAAGCACAACGUAGAGGAAUCGCUGGCAAUCAUGGAAGCCACGCUCGAGAAGGAAAAGCAGCUGAGCCAGGGAGGCGCCUCGUACCUGGAAUGCUUCAAGGGGAUCAAUCUGCGGCGAACGACAAUCGUCUGCAUGGUCUACCUGACGCAACAAUUUGUCGGGGCGAACUUUGUGGCCGGAUACCUCGCCUAUUUCUUCACUAUUGCUGGAGUCGGCAACCCCAUCGGAAUCGCCCAAGUAUGCUACAGCAUCCAGCUGUUCGGCAACAUCUGCUCGUGGUUUCUCGUCGAGCGCUGCGGCCGUCGGCCUCUCAUCGUUUGGGGAACCGUCGUCAUGACCGCUCUGCUGCUCCUCAUUGGCGGCUUGGGUGUUAUUCAAGACAACAAAAUGGCCGUCACCGCCAUGGUGGCAUUCAUGGCUCUCUGGGGCUUCAUCUUCCAACUCUCCGUCGGCGCUGUUGGAUACGCCGUGGGCGGCGAGACGGCCUCGGCUCGCCUGCGCCAGAAGACAUACUCCAUCAACGUCAUGAGCAACACGUCCGCCGCCUGCCUCGUUACGCAGCUCGUGCCCAUCCUUAUCAACCCGGGGAACGCGAACCUCGGAGGCAAGGUGGCUUUUGUCUUCUUCGGCCCGGCGCUGCUGUGCGCCGUCUACCUGUACUUCUGCUUCCCCGAGAUGAAGGGCCGCAGCUACCUGGAGCUGGAGAACAUGUUCCAGAAGGGCGUCCCGGCGCGGAAGUUCAAGGAGUACCACUGCGAGACCGAGACCGUCGCCGGCGAUGACGGCGAGAAGAUUGCGGUUGUUCUGAAGGAGUGA